UUUUAAAGAAGUAUUUCAAGAUAAGAAUGAAAACGUUGAUCGAUUUAAUCCAAUGGACUUGGUCUUUCAACAGCCAGAAGAAGAUGUCAAAGAACAGAAGUUUAAAUCUGCUUUUAAAAGCUUUCAAUCUAAAUUAAAACAAAAUAGUUAUAAUGAUUAUGACUAUUAUGCUGAAAAGGAAAAACAACGGGAAGCGAGAGCAAAGAAAAGAGAACAAGAAGAUAAAGCUAAAAAAUCGAAGGAAGAGAAAACUCGAGCCGAAGCUACUGAUGUUUUUGCUGAUGGUUCAAGUGAUGAUUCUGAUAAUGAAGCACUUUUUGCCUAUUUACCUGAUGAAACUAAACAAGAUAUGAAAAAAAAUAAUAAUUUCAAAAAAUUAUGGAGGAAGAAAAUAAAAACUAUGAAAAAGGAGUUAGGUCAAGAUUAUAUUAAUAACUAUCACAAGAAUAAAAAUUUAAAUCGCCCCAGAAACUCUCAAGAUGACUCUGAAGAAGUUGUUGAACAUUCACCUGAAGCUCCAGGUUCCCCUAAACGAUCUCCUCAACAAUCUAAGAAACUUAAUAAACUUGAUGCCAUCGAUGAUGGUGAUGAUAAUACUUCAGAUGAUGAAAUAUUUUCGUCUGAUGAUGAAGAAAGACCUAAGGAGAAACCGAAGUCUGGUCUAGGUCCCGAUCCUGCUUUCAACCCUCUUUGGAAUUAUAUUUUAUCUUGGCUUGUUUAUGAAAAAGAAACACCGAAAGUGAAAGAGGAUGACGAAGACUAUUUUACUAGUGAUUAUAGUGAUAUAGAGGAAGACGCUUUUAAACCAAAGGCGAAAAAUAAUGAUUCUCAGCCCCAAGUUGCACAAACUCCUAAGGAAGCUGCUAAAGCUGCUUCAAUCAAAGAUAAGAAAAAAAAUAAAAACAAGAAGAAAAAUGCUUCAAAAUUGAAUUUAACUGGACUUAAGAAGAAUUAUAAAGCUGUUGUAUCCAAUUGGAAUCAGCCUGCUUCUGCCUUAUUUACUGGUGACUUAUCUCAAUUAGAGUAUGAAAAAAGACGUGAAGCGGAUGCAUUACUUGCGAAUGCUGCUGCUGAAGCUGCUGCGAACGAUGAAUUAGGAGGCUCUAAGAAGUCAUCACAUAAUUCCUUUUAUGGACAAGACUUUAAUAUAGACUCCAUGCUGGAAAUUGAAGUUGAGGUAAGUGACGACGAUGAUGCCUCUGCUUUAUACUAUAAUCCUGUAACAGCAUCUUUCGAUCGUUCACCACCUACGUCCAGUAACUCGAUGGAGAUUGACUCGAGAAGUAUAUCGUCUAAAUCCCUCAAAUCACCAUCGGUAAAGUCUUUGAAAUCCAUGAAGUCUCUGAGAUCCCUGAAGUCCCUGAGAUCCUUAGGAUCCAAGACUCGAAUGAAGACAGAAUCAUCAGCUGCAUCAAAAGCUAAAAAUCUUAUCAAUUCGACUGGCUCCCCAAAAGAAAUGAUUUCAAAUAUUAACUCGAUGAUCAAAAGCAUUCCGUACAUGAAAAUUGUAUUUGCACCUAUAGAUGUCAUAGGUGAAAAUUUCCCGCAUUUGCAAACGUUUAUCCUUAUUGUUGAAUUAGUGGUUUUCAUUUGGAUGUUUUAUGAAAUUACAAAAUUGAUUAAUGCUUUGUGCUUGACGGUGCAAGCUAUUUGUGCUCCAAUGAUCGCUGUUGGAAGACUAAUGAACCGUAUAAUGUAAUUGUAUAGAC